CUGUGUAUCCUAUGAUCAGUACCGGUACUCUACCGUACUGCAGUACCGGUACUAGAUUCAGAGAUUAGGAUAUAUUUCAGUUGCUGAUUUCCGAAUCAUUACUAUUAACAAUGGUGAAUGCAUGGUACAUGGAUGGUAGCAGUGAUGAUCAACGAUUUCUUCAUCAGAAAAAUCCAAAUGAAGAUGUUAGUCUGGAUACACUGAAAAGUUUUGGAGUUGAAUACUUUUUUUUUGAUGUGGAGGGUCAUGAAGAAAAUCCUGAAUAUGAGAAAUUGCGUAAAGAUAGAGGUUACAGUUAUCAAGACGUGAUUGCAGUCAGCCCGACAACACUUCCAAACUAUGAGCAAAAGAUUAAAUCAUUUUUUGAAGAACAUCUUCACGUUGAUGAAGAAAUUCGUUAUUGCAUGGAUGGAUCUGGAUAUUUUGAUGUUAGAGAUCCCCAGGACAGGUGGAUAAGAAUAGAGUUGGUCAAAGGAGAUAUGAUUGUUUUGCCUGCUGGAAUUUAUCAUCGAUUUACUCUGGACACGAAGAACUACAUAAAAGCCAAGAGAUUGUUUGUUGGAGAACCAAUUUGGACCCCACACAACAGACCAUGUGACAAAAUGCCAGCCAGACAACAAUAUGUCAAAAACUUCAUAACUUGUCAGUCCUAAUGUUUUAUUUUUAGCAGAGUAAUGGUGGCAAUUAUACAUUGUACAUAGUAUGUGAAAUCAUAACGAUCAUUGAUAAUUCUGGGAUUGAUCAGUGGGUAUCAAGGUUGAAUCGUUUUCUCUUUAUAAUGCUUAUAUUAUUCACAAUCUGUAGAUUCGUUAAUCAAAUUUACACUUUUGCCAAAUAAGUUUUUCUUUUAAAUAUGCAUGGAAACAAUACUCAUGUCAAAUCAUUCAACUACUAAUAAAUGGUACUUUAUCUUGUGC